GCCUACAUUCAUCGCGAUAACCGCGUCCUCUGACCUUUCAAGUCGGCCACUGCCACCGGUGCAAUCACAAACAAUGGCUGGUCAAAAGCGAAAACUCAAGGACGACGCAGAUAACCAGCGCAAACGCCUAAAUGCCAGUCAGAUCCCACUUCAGGAGUCCGAAGAGCCAGGUUCUGAGGCCGGGUCUCUGGCUGAGAUGCCAACGACGGAGUCACAUGCAGUGGCUAGUGACGCUCUCACAAGAAAAGAUGAUAUAGACAAUCGAGGCGAAUCGGACACUGACGACCAGAAGCAACUCGAGACUCCAUCUGAAGAGCGCGGCGACAUCAAGCUCAUCAUCCCAAUCUCGGACCUAAGUGCUGGUCGCCUGACAGGAGGAGAGCUAGUCACCAGAAUCACGAUGCUGGGCAGAAAAGACGACGGCAUCGAGCGAAAAGCCAAAGUGCAGGCUCGUAUCAAUGGCACUGUGGAGAAUUCCCCAGCGUCAGCUUCUGGGAGCUCUACUCUUCCCAACGCCCCAGACGCUCAGGGCCUCUCGGGCACUGUGGGUCCGGAGGCUUCGGAUGCUCCACACCCGCCGGAAGUGUUAGUAUCAUCCAUUCUGAAAGAGCUCUGCGGCAACAAUGAACAGUACGAAGACCUCCAAAAAGCAUUGGGGACGGCUCUCGAUGGACCCUGCAAGAUAGAGAACAUCCGCGCAGCCAAGGGCAAGGCCGAUACUUCUCGCAUGGACGACGACGAUGGUGAAGAGAGUCCCGUUUCCACUUACUAUGGCAAGGAUGGCGAGCCAUAUAAGUAUUAUGUUGGUCUCGACCGCACAGCGGCCCCAUUGCAUGACAUCCACGAAAUAUUUGACCACAUCGCCCGAAAGGCAUGGAAACAGGGUAUUGCAGACGCUUGCCGUCCCUUCAAAGAUGUUGAUCUCCGGCUUUUCACUUUGUGUUCGGGUACAGAUUCUCCUGUAGUCGCCAUGACGCUCCUCAAACAAUCCCUGAAGUUUCAAGGCGUGGAAGGUUUCAAUUUCCAGCACGUGGGAAGCUGUGAGAUUGAGCCGCAGAAACAGGCUUUUAUUGAAAGAAACUUCAAGCCUCCUGUGCUCUUCCGCGACGUGACAGAGUUCACAACUCACAGCAAGAACCUCGGCGAUGACAGCUUUUUGCCGCGCACAGCAUAUGGUGCACCAGCCAACCCACCAAGAAAUGUUCACAUUCUGGUCGCAGGUGCUUCUUGCGUGGACUUUUCUGCUCUCAGAGUCAAAGAAGGCAAACCGGAGUUUGAUGCCUCAGGCAGAAAAGGUGGCGAGUCAUCGCAGACAUUCGCUGGGGUCUUCAAUUACGCGAAGGUCUACCGUCCCAAUGUGAUCCUGCUGGAGAACGUUAUCACAGCCGACUGGAAAAAGGCCUCGGAGGCUUUUCUAGCAAUCGGCUACCACUGCAAAGUCAUCAAAGUAGACACUGUCAACUACUACCUUCCUCAAACCCGGAAUCGAGCAUACUGUCUCUUGAUUGACAGGAAGCAUGCUGAUCAAGUUGGUCUUGACUGUAAGAAAGCUGCGCACGACUGGACUUCCUACAUGGCCUUCUUUCAGCACCGCGCGUCAUCACCUUAUACCCAGUUCAUGCUUUCAGAGUCUGAUCCGCGCCUUCUGUUUGAAAAGAAGAAGAACUAUUCCUUGACCAAAUCUGCAUCGUCGAACGGUUGGGUCGCUUGUCGCAAGCGUCACAACAUCCUACGGAGGAACAAUCACCUAGGAAACCGCACGCCGUACACCCUGAUGAUAGACCACCCUCCUUGCAGAUUAGACGACGCGGCAUGGCAGGAAUGGGCACUUGGUCAGUCGCCGCGGGUGGUGGAGCUCCUCGAUUUAAAUUACCUUCGCUAUGCUUCAGAGAGAGACUUCGACAUGCGAUACAAGCACAGAAAUAUCAACAUCUCGCAAAAUGUCGACCGAGACACCGACAGCAGAAAAUGGGGCAUUGUUGGCUGUGUGACGCCGAAAGGGAGUCUCUUUGAAACAUUACGGGGACGUCCACUCAUUGGUCUUGAGACGUUUGCUCUUCAAGGAAUGCCCAUCUGUGAUCUUAGCCUGAACAAAGAAUCUUCUGGAUUGCUCCAGGAUCUAGCGGGCAAUGCGAUGACCACUACGGUCAUUGGAACCGCCAUUCUGGGUGCUCUACUGGCCUGCCAUAAAGGGAAGACGAGCCUCUUUCAAAAAUAUGUUGACGCGGCUGGCGGUGGCAAGAAGGCCUCAAAAACAAUGCAACAGACGGUUCCUGCUGGCAGAUCGAUUGAACAGCUUGACUACCAGGUUGAGAAGGGCACAUGGCAAGAAAUUCCUCAACCACAAGGGCGCAGCGGUAACCUGUCCAUCGAGGCUCUUGCCGACGCGGCGUUUCACUCGCUUCCCUUUUGUGGCUGUGAAGGCCUUGACCAGCAUACCAAUGCUGCGCUGAAGUUUUGCCCUCGGUGCUUGUAUACUUGCUGUUCUCAAUGCAGCAGAAGAGCGCAUGAUGGUUUGCAACCUCUCAUUGCCAUUGAUCGAAGUCGAGCAUGCGAAUUCAUUCGACUUUUGACCGAGUCGUUGCCUGCAGCGUUGGCAAUUCACAUGGAUUGUGACGAGGAUCUUCCUGCAUUCUCAUUCGGGCAGCACAUGUCUUCCGACAAGGAUGCAUGCAAAGAGGCCAAGGAGCGUAUCGUUGCUUCCAUGCACGGCACGGUGCGCUUCCGCGAGGUAGUGUUCAACCACACAUGGAAGGCUCUCUACGAAUCCGACGAUGCCAUUCUUGAGCUCGAAUUUCUUCCCAAGCCUCAUCCCGAUAGUAACAAUCAUGAUCAUAUUAUGCCAUGGCUGACCACUCAACCCGCGUGGCGGCUCUUCGCAAAGCCAAAGCACGACGAACCCUCUCGAAGUAUGGUACGAAACCUAUUGAAGCACCACAUCGCGGAGAUGCCUGUUGGGAAAGACCUGUUCACUGGCGUAUGGUAUUUUUGGAACGGCCCUGUUGAACAAAAAGUUAAGGUCAGAGGAUCCGGUGCCACAGCCCCGUCCUGGAAAACCCGCAUUGGUCUCGAGAAGGAAUUAGUUGUGGACGAACAUCGCUUCACCGAAUUGGAAAUUGAGCUACACCCCGAAUCCCACGAACAUCGCGAGGCCCUAUCGGAACAGAUCUCUGGCAAGUAUAAGCUUCUUCCAAAUUGUCCUGCUGCCUCCCAGACACUGCAUAGGAAGUCAGGGUUGUCUGCCGUGGAGAAUCCAAUAUAUGCUUUCUUGAAACCGGACCCUUUGCAGAAUUCCGAGCUGGACUGCUUCGUCCUGUCGAAAUCACCACCCCGACAAGAAAUCCAAGACGAUCGAUCGAUUUUAGCAAAAUUCCCUCGCUCUUGGAAGCCACCUUGUGGAAAAGGCCCUGACUUCAUUUCGCAUGAGCAGGUGGUCGAUUGUGAAUCGUUCACCAAGUGGACAGUACUCCCAUCUGUCACAAUGACAAUUCCAGAGGCAGACGACAUGUUCAAGAAAUGGGCUCCCGUCAAUUUCCCGGAUGACAUGGCGCGCUUGGUCUGCAAGGAUGCAGCUUCCACUGUCUUAACACUUAAGGUGCCUCUUGAUGAGAAGCAUCAGAAGAAGUGGCCGAAAGGCCACCUCGAACCCGUCUUGAUCGAAAUCGAAGACGCGCCUGGAGCUUUGAAAAAUUUUACCUCUUCUCUGCCUUAUGCCACAGAUGUCGUCCAUGCGGAUGGCAACUGGAAAAAGAUAGGGGUGGUGAAAAAUUGGAAAUGCCGAACAUGCCUUCCUGAAUUGCCAGCUUUGAAAUGGGUGGUCAAGAAGAAGGUUCUCAAAGCAAUUGAAGAUGCGGAACAAGCAGCACAGUACGAGCAAGCAUUGAAGGAACGACCAAAGCCGGCGAUGGCGAAAUUGUACAGCCUAGGAAAUUAUGCGCUGGUCGACGUAGAGAUCAACAUCAAAACGUUGACGCAUCGCGCCAUCUCGCAGCUGCACCAUGACCCUGAUCUUGUUGAGGAGGAAGGGAUCGCCGAAUGGCGCAUCAUCCGGCACGAUCGCUUUGCGUCUUACCCAACAUUUGGCCCCAUCGAAAUACUAUCGAAUGAUGAUACCGUCCCAAUCGAGAAACGUUAUGUCGGCAAGCGGCUUCUAUGGGACUCCCAAAGAAGAGUACUCGCCUGGAUGAUGAGCCAAGAAGAGAAUCCGAAAGCUUGGGCAGAAUUGUGUCUCGUCGAAUGCCGUCUGCCUUCUCUUGGCUGGAAUGUUGAAUCACGAGCUUUCAUUGAGAAGGUUGUACGUGGCGGUAUCAUUGGAGACAAUGUGGGAAGUGGUAAAACACUUACCUCUCUAGCGCACGUCGGUCUGGACUAUGAGAGACUGCAAGCGAAUCAGGCCUUCAGUGCUGAAUGUCCUCACAGUUUGGUCCAAACCGACGCCACCAUCAUCCUUAUGCCGAAGAACAUCAAAGAGCAAUGGGAAGAGGAACUUGAAAAUUGUCUGCCAUCCUGGACGCAGAUGAAGUCGUCACGUCCGAGGCCUAAACAACCUUACUACAUUCUGAUUAGAACGGCGAAAGAACUUCCCAACUACACUAUCGAAGACAUUCGAUCGGCCGCUCUGAUCUUUGUCCCUUUCGACAUUUUCGAGGAGGACAAGUACUGGGAUCUUCUGCAGAACCUUGCUUGUGCACCACAUUCACCAAGUACUCCUGGUCGCGGUUUCGAACAAUGGCUGACGCAGGCUCUGUUUGGCCUCAAAUAUCUUACCCAGAAAUUGCCGUCAGAACAGGAACAAGCAUGGAAGAAUUGGGAAGAACUUCGCUCUCAGACAUCCAAAUAUCAUCGUUUCCAGGAGGUCAUCAACCGCAAGACUCAAAAGGCGAAGCGAAACCAGGACCCUAUGGCUUCCGAUGAUGACGACGAGGAUAACGCCAACGCCACGAGUGCCGAUCUUCUCCUGGAAUUCGAGCAGAAUUUACGAGUCUUUCGGGAAGCUGGUGAAAUAGCACCGCUUCUUCACAUGUUCCACUUCCGCAGAAUCAUGGUGGACGAGUUUACAUAUGUUCAUGGAAAAUCUUUGCUGGGUCUAUUGAACCUCAGUGCGUCAUCUAAGUGGCUUCUCUCUGGGACCCCUCCAAUUCAUGACUACGAUGGUGUCAACACUAUGGCAAAGCUCCUGAACACUCGCGUCUCGACCCACAACGAGCGAGACGGCAAAUUCGGGUUUGGGAAAGAUAGAGUCAUGAUGCGCAAAGACAGAACUGACGCACAAGACUUCAGAGUCUUCAAGAACGUCGAGUCCGCUGCGUAUAAAAAUGCUGUCUACGAUCAUGCGAAGGAAUUCUUGAAGGUGUUCAUUCGCAAAAACAAGCCCAGCGUUCGUGUGCCAGAGAAGAUUACGGAGGACAGACCCUUCAGCCUUAGACCGUCUGAAAUUCUCGCUCUGGGUACUGUGAACCAACUGUUGGAGGCCGAGGGCUGCAAGUUCGACCGAACCAGAGAACAAACCAAGAACGCCCAGAACGCAGCUCGGACAUUCGAAGACGAAAUGAAAGUGGCUAUUGGAAUGACCAACGGGCCUACGGCUGCACGUCUUUGCGCUUCGUCCUUCGUACAUGACAUUCUUAAGAUUGGCAAAAGCGGAGAGCAACAGUACGAAGAAGAGGCUGUGUCUGCCUUGAGACAGCGACUUGCGACUUCAAUUCUGGAAAAUGCCCUUGAAAUACUCAAGGCUUUGCAAGAAUUGUGGUACAUUGAGCAAAACCAUAAGACAACGCAGAUGUUCGCCAGAUUUGUGAAGGACGUUACGACCAGAGACUUUGAUGCACCGGAUGUUGUUCCAAUGCUGAAUUCUGUUCUGCGAUAUGCAAAGGCCAACGCCAGAAAACCCACUCCGACCCCGUGGGAAGAAACCACCGUGGACAGCGACGAGCUCACGCCUGAAGAAAAAGCGAAGCGCAACAAAGCUAUCGACAAGGCGACGGAUUCUCGAGUUGUCAUCACGACCGAUCUCGUCCUGAAGUUGUCCCAAGAUGUUGCGCGAUUUUGCUUCGUCAAGGUUGUCUCCUCGGUGGUCAAAUCGGAACCCCUUGAACACUGCAACACCUGUGCUCAACCAAUCUCAGACCUUGCCCAGGCAAUGGUAUCCGAAUGCGGUCAUAUUGUUGCGUGUCAGUCUUGCCCUCCGACUGGAAACUGUCCAGCUCUCAAGAGAUGCUGCUCUUCGUUCUCUGCAGACCAUAUCGAGCCUGCAAGCCGUUUUGCGCUUCGCCUGGAUCCCCAAUUGCAGCAAAUAGACGACAAGGUCAAGGGAUCAAUGGCACGAUGUGCUGUGUCUAUCAUCCGCGAUGAGUUUGGGUGUGAGGAGUCUGGAGUCGUGUUCGCCCAGUUCCGAUCAAUCAAGGAUGGGUUUGUCCAGGCAUGCCAUGAAAUGGGCAUUGAGUGCUUUGAUGGCUGGACCUACGUGGACCGCCAGGUCAAGAACUUCAAGGAGGCAGCUAGGACGGGCACGGCCCUCCUGGUGCUUCAGACGGACUCGGCAGAGGCCGCUGGGCACAACUUGCAAAUGGCAAGGAAUGUGCUCUUCCUUGGGCCGGUGUUGGUGGACUCUGUCUCGGAGAGAGACACCAUCAUGGAGCAGGCGGUUGGUCGUUGCCGCCGACCUGGGCAGGUCAAGAAGGUCCGGGUCUACCACCUGGGGCCCGAAGACUCCUAG